GAGAAAAUAUUAAAAUUAAAUUUAAUAUUAAAAUAUUAAAAUAUGGAAACUAUUAAUUUACUAAACGAAACCCUGGAAGAGUUCCUGAAGGGAUUUUCAUAAAAAGCCUUCCUGGUUAUUUUUUUUUAUUGAAAAGUGCCUGGAAGAAUUCUGAAGAAAUCACCGGAGGAGUUUUUUAAGAAAUAGCGAGAGAUUCUUUUUCUAGAAUCCAUGAAAGAAUUUCUGAAAAUAUCCUUGGAUGGUUUUGGAAUUAAUCUUCCGAUAAAUUUCUGGAGAAAGCUCUCGAAGAAUUUCUGAAGGGAUCAGAAAGGAAUUCAGAAUAAAUUGAUGCACUCAUCCAUGGUAAACAUUCUUAAAUUGAAUUUCACUAGUUUCACUAGUUGUUUUUCUGAUUUUUUUUUUACAAAGGGAUAUCUUGAAAAAUUGACAGUGGAUUGGUUCAGAAAUUUCUGCAUAAAUUUCUUUUGAAUUCCUAUAUUAAUUCCUGAAACUGAAAAAAAACCCUGCAGAAAAUUUCCUAAUGAAUCUAUAAAGUAUGUUUGUGAAAGCUCAUUGAGAACACUCUUGGGGAGUUUGUAGGCAAUCUUUUUCUUCAUUGGGAGAAAUAUUAAAAAAAUCCACAAAGGAGUUCUACGCCUUUAUAGGUUUCGUAAGAUUUACGCAAGAUAAGUCUUAGGUUUUCGUGCCUCUGGGAACUUUUUGGAAUUUUAGCAAGAAUGUAUUCUCAGAGAUGCAUCAGAAUCGGUUCUAGAAGGUUUAGUGGGAAAUUCUAACAAAUCAUUAAAAAAAUUUUUUUGCAAAUUCCAUUAGGAAAUAAAAGGUAAAUUCGAAUGAGUGUAAUCAGUUUCGUACGUUUUACUUCCGCCCUAUGUUGCUUACCCUUUGACAGAUACGCGUAUUUCGACUACCACUUGUAAUCUUCCUCAGUGUCAGUUAUCAAGUGGUUUAAAUUAAAUUAAAAAGUAUGAAACGGAUUACACUCAUUCGAAGAGGGUAUUCUGCUAAGAGGGUUCGAAAAGUCGGUACAAGAUCGAAAAGGUAAAUGUUUUUAUCAUUUGAUAUUGUAAAGGCAAUAAAAGCCUGGCGUGCUUAUUUCUACAUUAUUCGACCGAUACUAUCUGGUCUAAUGACCCAUCGCCUAUCCAUUUCAUCGUCGUCAGAGGAGUGGCAAAACGUCAUCGCUCACAACUUUCGUUAUCAUUUGCAUUGGAAAAUGCGACGGCAUUUUAGCAAUUAGAUGUCACUCGAACAGUUCAUCACCCAUCAAUCCCAGCUCCGGUAAACGACGCGACGUGAACAUGCCGUCUUCCAUCAGAGUGCUAAUUUUCACACGCUCUGAGGGAAAUUGCACCGGGCAUCGUCAGUGCUGUCGCGUAUUCGGUCCCGUUCGGGAUGACUCUCGGAAAGGUGAAGGCCGUUCUGGCGAGAGCGAAAGAAAUCUUUCUGGAUUUCGCUUCCAAAACCUCGAUCCACGGGGUGAAGUACUUUGGCUGUCCGGAUCGUAAUUGGUGCGAGAAGUUCUUCUGGAUAACGGUGUUUGCCUUGUCGGUGUGCAGUGGGGCUUUGCAGAUUCGUAAAGUUUACGAUAAGUGGGUUCAAACUCCGGUUAUCGUGAGCUUCGAUGAGAAGUUCACACCGGUAUGGCAGAUUCCGUUCCCGGCGGUCACCAUCUGCCCGGAAGCAAAGACGCCGAUUUCGGUUCUGAAUUUUACUAGGGAGUUUCACCGAUUUGUAGAACAAUCAUCCAGGAGAAAUCACCAGGCGAGGGAUGAUGCUUUACUGGCGAUGAUGCAGCUGUGCGACCGAGCAAACAUUUUCACGAUGAUCUCGAAAACUGUGUCCAUUCCGAACAAGAAGGCCGCAGAAAGUUACGCUUCUUUAAUCAGAUUGUUGAACAUUCCUAAGGCUGAAAUGUUGGACGAUUGUAUAUUCCUCGGAGAAAGAUUCAACUGUUCAGAUCUGUUUUCCUACACCCUAACGGAGGAGGGAGUUUGUCUAACGUUCAACAUCCUUUCAGCGAACGACAUGCUUCGCACGAAUGUUCUCCAAUCGAGUGAUCCCUACAUUACCGAACAGUCGGAAGCUCCCUACUGGUCUCUUGAGAUGGGAUAUUCUCGUGAAGCAAACAUCACUUCAUACCCUCGUCGAACCCUCGGACCAGGUUACUCCGCUGGACUUUCCCUCUUCCUACGCUCGGAUCUGACAAAUCACGACUACCUCUGUAGAGGUCCCAUUCAUGGUUUCAAAAUCUUGCUACACUCCUCUAGCGAAUUCCCCCAAGUCUCGAACAAAUUCAUCCGGAUUCCCAUGAACCACGAAGUUACGGUCGCCGUUAAACCGGAGAAGAUUUCCACCAACGACGGAUUGCAAAGCUACAGUCCCGAGCGGCGGCAGUGUUUCUUCAACAGCGAACGCUACCUGCAGUUCUUCCGCGUGUACAACCAGGAAAACUGCGAACUCGAGUGCCUGACCAAUUUCACCCUGCACCGAUGCGGUUGCGUCAAGUUCUCGAUGCCUCGAACGAACGCCACCGCGGAAUGUGAGAUCAAUCAGUUUCGGUGCAUGUGGAAUGCGGAGAUCGAGCUGCUCGAAAUGGGACCCACGGGACACAAGCUGGAGGAGUUGAACUUCCGGACGAGGUGUAACUGUCUGCCGGCGUGUACCUCGGUGCAGUACGAUACGGAGAUCACUCAGGCGAAUUUUGACUGGGUGCGGUGGGCUCGCACGAUGAACGUCUCGUCGAUGGCAGUUAAUGGAAUGCAGAUCUCACGACUGGGCAUCUACUAUAAGGAGUCCCAGUUUAUGACCUCUAAACGGAGCGAGCUGUACGGGUUGACGGAUUUUUUGGCGAAUUGCGGAGGACUGCUGGGGCUGUGUAUGGGUAUGAGCAUGCUCAGCGUGGUGGAACUGUUUUACUUCAGCCUGAUAAGGCCGUUUGCUUUGUGGGCACAGGAAGGUGGACUUGGGGAACUUGAGAAGGAACGAACACCAGCCGCAGUUGAAUCGAAAAAUGGGGCAGUAAAAGGUGACUGAUGAUGCAAAUUUCUUGUAGGCUGAUGUGAAAUCGUUUUUGAAAAUAUAAGUAAAAGAAUAUUGUAGCAUCCUUGUAUCAGAUCCGGAAACACAUGUGUUAAAUAACAGUGCAUAGUUCGUAAAUAUUACAUUACAUUAAC